CGGCGGAGGCUGGUAGGCGGCGUCGGGCGAGGGGGACGGCGCGGCAAGCUGACCAGCCUGCUGUGUGGGCGUGGCGGGAGUCGAAGGCGAGCGGCGUCGGGCGAGGGGGACGGCGCGGCAAACUGACCAGCCUGCUGUGUGGGGCGCGGCAAACUGACCAGCCUGCUGUGUGGGGCGCGGCAAACUGACCAGCCUGCUGUGUGGGCGUGGCGGGAGUCGAAGGCGAGCGGCGUCGGGCGAGGGGGACGGCGCGGCAAACUGACCAGCCUGCUGUGUGGGCGUGGCGGGAGUCGAAGGCGAGCGGCGUCGGGCGAGGGGGACGGCGCGGCAAACUGUCCAACCUGCUGUGUGGGGCGCGGCAAACUGUCCAGCCUGCUGCGUGGGCCGCGGCAAACUGUCCAGCCUGCUGUGUGGGGCGCGGCUGGAGUCGAAGGCGAGGGCGUGACAGCCGGCCGUGGUGAGGCGCGUGCUUGGAACACUGGGGGUUGAAUUGAAUCUGAGCGGGGCGGAGAGGCCGCGGUAGGAUGUUGUGUAUCGCUGCUGGACAGCCUAUACGCGAGGAGCGGAGCUGAACGGGCAGCGCCAACCCGAGGACAUCUGCUUCAGAUGAAGCGCCUCGUCUGGCUGACAGCCGUCUGGACUCUGAUGCUGCAGAGUACAGUGGACGGGCACGGCCGUCUUCAGAGGCCGCCCUGUCGCGCCUCGCUGUGGCGCUACAGCGGCUACGACACGCCUGCCGACUACAACGACAACCAGCUGUUCUGCGGAGGGCUCACACACCAGGUAGCACAGGGCGGCAAGUGCGGCAUCUGUGGAGACCCGUACGACGAGCCCGUGCCGCGCACUCACGAGAUCGGCGGACCUUACUACCGAGGGUACCUGGUGGCCAACUACACCGCUGGCUCGGCGAUCGACGUUCAAGUUCUGCUCACUGCUAACCACAAAGGAUACUUCCAGUUCAAGAUAUGCCCAGUUCCCGGAUUUACAACUGAGGCUACUCAGGAAUGUCUAGAUCGACACGUGCUGAGGCUGGCCGGCUCGGACCAGACCGAGUACCCGAUCCGGCCCGAGUACAAAGAGGUCAGGGUGCGCCUGCAGCUGCCAGACGGUCUGACCUGCGAACACUGCGUCUUCCAGUGGCGAUACCAUGCCGGCAACAGCUGGGGCGUGUGCGAGGACGGCUCGCAGGCGGCCGGCUGCGGACCGCAGGAGGAGUUCUACGGCUGCUCUGACGUCACCAUCCACCCCGGCGGACGCACGUACUCCCCGCGGCCCACCAGGCGACCGACCACCGAACGUCCCGCCACCAGAGCCACCACCACCAGCCGGCGGACGCGGCCGCCAACCCGCGCCACGGCCCGGCCGUCGGCCGGCCCGGGCUCGGUGUGCCGCAGCGUCGGCCCUUGGUCCACGCUGCCCGGCAUGGACGCCUGGUGCCAGCUCAACUGCCACCACCUCGUGCCGUACUGUCCCCCGACGCACUGCCGCUGUUACGACGAGGAGGUGGCGGCGCUGCGCGACAAGCCGGCGCGGCGACCUUAGGUCGAGUCAGGUCAGGCGUGACUGCAGGUCGGGUCAGGCGACGCGACCUUGGGUCGGGUCGGACGCGACCUCAGGUCGUCUCCAGCGACGUGACCUCAGGCGAGAUCAGAUGGCAUGAUCUUGGGUCAGAUCAGACGACCUUAUGCCAGAUCAGGCGUGACCUCAGGCCGUAUCCGGCAGCGCGGCGAGCCGCAGCGGGCCGGGAUCGGGGUCGGCGUGCUCGAGCCCGUGUUGUAACAGGUGACUGAACGCCCAGCUCGUGAGGCGUGACGUGGGCGGAAGCCGAUUGAUUCUGGCACGGGCGGGCGAGCGCGGCGCGGCGCGGCGCGGCGCUCGCUCCCGCGUCAUGGCACGGCGUCACUGCCGUCGCACUCGUGGGCUGGUACCAUCUGCCGCCGCGAGUGCGGCCCCGCUGCGCGGACGCGGCGUUGACCGUCUUGUCUCCCGCACAGAGCGGAGAGCCGCAGCUGUCUGAUUCUGAAGCCGGAUGUGGCGGCGCCCGGCGCUCGGCGCGCGAGUUUUUGUGCGCCUGGAUUCCACGAGUUUCGACAGCAUGUGUCCAGUUUGCACUCGGGCGUGCGAGAACAGCGGUGGGCGCUGCCGUCAGCGGGCCCCGACAGGAACGUAACCGUCUCAGGGAGGCCGCCACAGGCGGCAGUGAUCGGAGGGCAUUCAGACCGGGGUGUGACGUCACGGCGGGCGAGCGGGCCGCGGGGUAACCGAUCGUGGCGGCUUUGUGACGUGCGCGCCGCGCCGGCCGCUUAUUGUCACAGCUGGUUGUCAGUCAGCGCUGGGCGGACUCGGUGACACAUCGUGUCCGCCAGCGGCAUAGUUAAAUCCGGCAUGCUGAUGGCGUAAUAGGCGCGUUGACAAGUGUUGUAGGCAUGGGUAAUGGUGUAUUUAGUGUUGUACGCGACGGCGAGCGGGUUGUAUAGGCUGCCUGUUUGAUUAGGGUGAUAUGCUGUAGCAGAGUAAGUAGCCGGCGCCAGUUGCUACGCAGGCACAGUGCCAGCUCGUGUGCAUUCUGUAGCCGGCGGGUAGACCGAUACCGACAGAGAUGUCGAUAUGCUUAAAGGGGACCCGGACUGGACGCCAAUCAUGACCAACGUGGAAAUAUACGGAUCUACUGUU